CCUCCCUCUCCUCAGCUUCCUCUCCCGUCCGUCGCCAUUCGGACGCUGCCACGGUGGCGGCGGGGCAGGUGUCAGUGAGCCGCACACAGCAGUGACCAUGAAGGGAGACCCCACGGCCAAGACGGAGAUGAGCAAGACGGAUGAGGCGCUGAAUGAGAGCGGGGAGGAGGAGCGCAUCAUGGUGGAGGACAAGGCGGCUGAGGAUGGGGGCGACGAGGGGGCGGUGGGGGUGGAUGGCGAGGCCCAGGACGAUGCGAUUGACGCCAGCCUGUUGCGGGAGCUGGGUGUGGAGGAGAGCUCGCUGGGCAAGAGCGUGGUGGCAGAGACGGAGGGGGAUGUACAAGGGCUGGAGGAGGUGGCCGUCCCCCUGCUGACGGAGAGUGUGGAGGGGCUGGGGUGGGUGGUGUGCCUGGCCGUGGGGGCCUGGGGCCGGGAGCUGAGUGAAGAGGAGGAGGAGGGGGUGAAGCGGAGGGUGCAGGAGGCCGGGGGACAGGCGGGCGGGGCGGCCGAGCUGGCGAGGGAGGCUCGGGGGCGGGUGGAUGGGCGGUGUGAGAGGGCCACGGCGCGGCUGGGUCUGUGGGGGCGGGAGAGCAGGUUACUGGCCGCACACCAGGGGCCCCUGCAAGCCCGGCUCCACCAGCUGCAAGCCCAGAGGGACGGGGCCCGCGAACAGCUCCAUGAGGCCGGGCCCUCGCUGCGCCAGGCCCAGCUACAGCUGCAAACCGCACAGGCACAGGCUCGCAGCAAGGAGACCGGUCGUGAUGUCGGCAUCGGCCUCUGCUUCCUACUGCCCUGCGUUGGGAUCCCGAUGGCGGUGGCGUUUGAGCGGGAGCGGCAGUUGGUUUUGGAGCAGGAGGAGAGGGCGGAGAAGGCGCAGUGGGGUCUAAGCCGGAGCCGGGAGGACGCAGAGCGGCUGGGGCAACGGCUGGAUGCGCGGCUCGGUGCGUUGCGGGGGCUGGCGGGCCGGCUGGAAGCGGCAGUGCAGGCCCGGGCAGAGGCGCGGCUGGCGCUGCGGGAGGAGCAGCGGGGGCUGGAGGGGCACCAGGGCCGUGUGAGGGCGCUGGCCCACCAGCUCAGCGGCCUGGCCGGCAGCAUGGCCGCGCUCGGCGCCCAGACCCGCCACCUCUACAGCCUGGAACCGGUGCUACCCUUCAUCCAGGCGGCUGCGCUACACGCCCUCUGCCUCCGGCCGCAUCCCUUCCUCCAGCUGCCCACCCUGCAGGGCGGCCUGGCCCGCCUUCAGCACCUGCAGCCCCGGCUACAGGCCCUGCACAACGCGGACCCCACCGCCCUAGCUCAUCAUCCCCUGCCCCUGGACCCCAACCCCGACCCCGGCCGCUGGUGAGGGCAGCACGGGAAGCCCAGCCCUGGGGCACGACAACCCCUU